AUGCGGGUCUUUUACUGGAAUGCUCAAGGCUUGGCCAAAGAUGGUGAAAGGGCCAAGUUGAAGGAGCUUUAUCACUUGCACAAACCUGACGUUAUUUGUAUUGCGGAACCGAAAGUUUUUUGCACUACACGUUUUGUCAGGUCGUUAAGAUUGGAUGAUUUUAGUGACGAUGUUAUCACAAAUGAGGUUGUUGGUGAAAAAGGUAAUAUAUGGGUCUUGUGGAGAAAUUAUUUGGCGAGGCCAGGUAUCUUAUCUUCUUCUAAGCAAGCUAUUACUUUAAAUUUUGAUGGUGACUGGAUUACGGCUGUGCAUGCUUCUUGUGAUCCAGCUGCAAGGAGGAAUCUCUGGCAACAAUUGGGGUUGGGUUUCGUGUCUGUGCCUUGGCUGGUGCUGGGGGAUUUUAAUUGUAUUCUUCGCUUGGAUGAAAAGAAGGGCGGUAGAUCAAUUUUAAGUAUUUAUAUGAAUGAAUUUCGAAGUUGGAUUUCUGAUAAUGGCCUGGUGGAAGCGGACUCGAUUGGUAAAAAAUAUACUUGGUCUAAUUGUCAGAGUGGGGAUCGUCGUAUUGUUUCAAGGAAUGAUAGGGCGGUUGUGAAUGAUGCUUGGAACUACAAAUAUGAGAAUUGGAGGUGCAAAUCUUUGCCUAGAAUCUGCUCAGAUCAUUCCCCUCUUUUUGGGUAUGCUUUUGAUAGUCCAAGGCCGGCUAGAGCUCCAUUUAGAAUUCAGAAGAUGUGGUUGGAUCAUCCAAGAUUUAUGCAAUUGGUGAAAGACAAUUGGAAUUUACCCUUUUAUGGUGCGCCUCCUUUUGUUUUUGCUGGAAAGUUAAAGCAUGCGGAAGAUGAAUUUCAAUUCACUAAGGUGGCGGAUGCUCAGAAGGAGGUUGAUGAAGUGAGAACUGAUUUGGCAGUAAUGCUUAAGUUGAAAUCGAGAGUUACAUGGUUGGAAGAUGGUGAUCAAAACACUCGGUUUUUCCGUAAUAGGAUUCGUAUGAGGAGGAGGCAAAAUACAAUAUCUGAACUUAAGAUUUCAUCUAACUCUACUUUGGUUUUGCAGGAUGAAAUUAAAUAUUACAUUGUCAAUCACUAUAAGGAGAAAUUUAAUGGCGGGGCUGUUGAUAUUGAUCCUAAGCUGUUUGACAUUUCCCAUGAUAGAAUCUCUACUUCUGAGUGUUCUUUUAUGGAUGCUAUCCCAUCUCUAGAGGAGAUUAAAAGAGCUGUUUUUGACUUGGGAGCGGAUUCUGCGCCUGGCCCAGAUGGUUUCUCGGGUUCUUUCUACAGGCAUUGUUGGAAUAUUAUUGCUGAUGAUCUUCUUGGUGCCAUUAAAAACUGUUGGUUGAUGAGAAAAAUUCCAAAUGGCAUUAAUUCAAGCUUUAUAGUUCUCAUUCCAAAAAAUUCUAGGUCUGAUGCAAUUAAAGAUUUUCGGCCUAUUGGUUUGAGUAAUUUUUUCUUCAAAAUCAUUACAAAAAUUUUGGCUACCAGGCUUGGUACGGUUUUGAAUAGAUUGAUUUCUGAAGAACAGGUUGCUUUUAUGAAAGGAAGAAACAUUCAUGAGAAUAUAGCUCUUGCGUCUGAAUUGAUUAACGAGAUUAGUGCGCCACGGAAUUUUGGUAAUGUUGGUCUGAAACUUGACAUUGCUCAAGCUUUUGAUACAGUUAGUUGGGACUUUAUAGCUGAAGUUUUUCGUCAAUAUGGUUUUUCUGAAACCUGGUGCUCUUGGAUUCAUAGUAUUCUUAGAUCUGCAAGGAUUUCUGUGUUGAUAAAUGGCAGUCAUGAAGGUUUCUUUAGCAUCACUAUAGGUUUGCGCCAAGGUGAUCCUCUUUCUCCCUUGAUUUUUAUGCUUAUUGAAGAUAUUUUAAGUCUCAAUCUCUCUAAAUUAUUUGCUAAUCGAAGUAUGCAUAGCAUGGUUAGUAAGAAGGGUGUGGCGCCUACACACCUUCUCUUUGCGGAUGAUAUCCUUGUUUUCUGCAGAGGGCCAUUGCUAUUGCGAACUAUUUGGGGUAUGGAAAGAGCUAUUUUUCCGGAUAAAUAUCUUGGUAUUCAACCGAAACCUGGCAUUGUGAGGCAUAUUCAUGUCAGGCAAGUGGUAGAGAAGAUUAUGGAUAAGUUGGCUGGUUGGAAGGGCAAACUUCUUUCCUUUCAAGAUAGGUUGGUCUUGAUUAGAUCGGUUAUUGCAAGUUAUGUUAUUCAUUCUAUGGAUAUUUAUAAAUGGCCUGCUAGUAUCAUUAAGCAGGUGGAGAGGGCCAUUAGGAAUUUUCUAUGGUCAGGCGAUGCGGAGAAACAUAAGUAUUUUACGGUUUUAUAUGACAUCCUAUGUUGUUCUAGGCGUGAAGGUGGCCUUGGCCUUAAGAAGUUGAUAGAUGUCAACAAAGCUAUGCUUAUGAAGCUAUGGAUAUCUAUUUGUGAUUCAAAUAAAACUUGGGCCAGAUUUUUGAGGGCAAAGUACUUCAAAUUGAAUGGUGUCUUGAUUGAUUACAAAUUAGGUUCCACGGUUUUUCCUGGGAUCAGAUGGGUUUAUGAUUUUGUGCAACAUCACACUAGAUCAAUUACAGGUAACGGUUCCAAUACUUCUUUAUUUUUUGAUAAUUGGUUGGGUGAUUUUUCAAUUGCAAGAAGAUUGGGUAUUACUUCCAAAGGCCCUAAUGAUUUUAAGGCUAAGGUUAGUGAUAUCAUUGUCGAUGGUGCUUGGGUUAUUCCACAUAACUUGCGAAUUUUGCUGGUUCGGCUUAAUAUUGAUGUUGAUAAUCUGCCUAUUAUUGGUGGUGGUGAGGAUUAUAAGGUCUGGGAUCUAGAUAGCAAGGGGGUCUUCUCGGUGAAGUCUGCAAAGGGUGCCAUUCGAGAACCUGCUGAAGUUUUGCCGAUUACAACUUUGUUUUCCAGGCCAGUUGUCCAUCCUACUUUGAGUGCUCAAUAUUGGAAGGUCUGGGCUAAACAAUGUUGUGCUAGUGAUGAUAAUGUUAUUAAGAAGACUGGUAGGAGUAUGCCUUCGAUGUGCCGGUUUUGCAGACACGACUGUGAGACCCUUAGCCAUAUUACUUGGCAUUGCAGAUUUGCUAAAAGAAUUUGGGCUUGGGUGGAUCGUAUUUUUAAUCUGCAACCAAGAGAAGAUUUGGUGGCUUCUUAUAAGGCUGCUAAAGGGCGUAGCAGGAUGAUUAAAGAUCUGUGGUUGGUUGCUAAUUUAGCAAUCCCUACGGAAUUAUGGAGGCUGCGCAAUAAAGUUUAUUUUGAAGAUAAGGAGGUGAGUUGGCUAGGUUUUAAAGGUAGAGUUUAUCAAGUAAUCCGUGAUAACUCAAUUCGAUUGAAGGGCCAUAUGUACAAUAAUAUGGAGGAUUUGCGCAUCUUGAAUUAUUUCAAGGUGAAGCAUAGAUCGUGCAAGAUCUCUUAUCCAAUUGAAGUAAGGUGGGAUCCUCCUUUUCAAGGUGAGAUGAUGAUUUGUUGUGAUGGUGCGUCUCUUGGUAAUCCAGGCCCUGCAGGUGCUGGUGUUACUUUUCGGGAUGCAAAUGCAGCGGUGUUGGGGGUUUUGAGCGUUGGUCUUGGCCUGCAGACCAACUACUUUGCUGAAGUGUACACAGUUAUUUAUGGGGCUAUGUUGGCCAAGAGGUGGAAUAUGCGGAAAAUCUGCGUGCAGUCUGAUUCGAUGAGUUGCAUUCAAGCCUUCCAGAAUGAUGCUUUGCCAUGGAAACUAAGGCAGAAGUGGAGUUUAGCUAGGAAUUUUUAUUCCAACAUUCGUUUUAUUCAUAAAUAUAGAGAAGUUAAUUUUUUAGCUGAUGCUUCGGCAAAGCAAGCAUGUUUGCUAGCUGAAGACAUUUUUGAGUUUUCUGAGGGGAGGCCAAUCUCUAUGCUUUCUGUAGAAUGGCCGGGUGAGGUUUAUUUCCGUUUUAAAUAG